GAAUGACUUAACUACGCUUUUGUGCAACUGUACAACGUUCUCGCAACCUUCUUGUGAACGCCAUUUUUGGGCCAGCAGACGUAUCUUGGACCCAGUAUUGCCCUUUGAUACGGCUGGCCGUAUUCUGAGAAAGUAGAACCUGCUUGCUUGCUUGCUUAAUUUCUGAUGCUGUCCAUCGCUCUAUUCACUGCCUUUGUUGUUCCUGCGCUAUGUGCUUCGUCCUCUGCAGUCACAAUAUGCUCUUCCAAGCUAUGCUUGCAGGGGAAUACUGCACAAACACCUCUUGGCGCUACAUUAUCAUCCCCGUCAAUAUCCUCUUCCAUAAUACUACUACCAGGCACAUAUGAUUCAUCGUCGUCUUUGCCGUCCUUGCUGGUCUCCGCUCUUCAAUCCCCGUUAUCGACUCUUUCGUUACAAUCCUCCUUGCUUAAUGCAUCAUCUGGUAUAUCUGGGUCAAUUUCGUUACCGCUUUCGAUAAGGCAAUCCUCUUCGUUCCUUUCUUUCCUUAACUCCAAUUUCACUGGAACCGGUGUCGCUCACGAUCUGGGGACAGCAAACGCCACGUUCUCGACUGCCGUUCUCAAGGCUGAAUCGUUCUUGGUUCAGGACGGGGUUUGGGGAGUAUUGCUUCAGAACUCGACAGGUGCUAGAAUGGUAGUAUGGGAAUCUGUGUCGGACUUGAGCCAAAUAUCCAGCUCGUCCAACUUCGAGAUCAAUUCAGAGUCGAGUUUAGUUGCUUUGCAGUCAUCAUCCUGUCCUUCUCCAUGCUCUUCAUCAGGCACGUGCAACGCAUCCGGUUCCUGUUCGUGUUCCCCAAGUUUCUCCGGGUCAGCUUGUGAGACCUGCGCCCCGGGAUUCUUUGGUCCCGAGUGUCAAUCAUGCCCAUCUGGUUGCCUCACCUGUGAUGAUGGCCCUUCUGGGACUGGAAGGUGUCUGUCGUCGACCGCAACUAAUCCGUCCUCAUCAUGUAACUGCUUGCACGGGACUUGUAACUCCGAUGGCUCAUGUACAUGCAGUUCUGGAUGGGCAUCCAGCAAUGGCAACUCGACCCAGUGCUCGACCUGCGCUAAUGGCUUCUUCAAUAAUGGGGAUGGCGAAUGUCGGACCUGCGAACUUGGAUGCCAGUCGUGUACUGGGAAUUCUGGGACAUGCACUAGUUGCGAGAGUGGCCUCGUGCAGGACACAAGUACGCCAUCUAAGUGUAUCGUACCUGCUUCCACACCUUCGUGUCCGGAUGGCCAGUUUAAUAAUGGGGGGUCAUGCGCUGCGUGUUCGUCGCUUUGUAAGACGUGUAAAGGGCCUUCAUCCACGGAUUGCUUAGUUUGUGGAGCCGGCAUGUCUUCACUUGGUGGGCAAUGUGUUUCCGUAAGCAGCAAUGGCGUUUGUUCAAAUCCAAACCCUUCAAAUGGAACGUACGUCGUCAACAAUGCGAAGAACGAGUGCGAUACAUGUCCGUCUACGUGCACGGCGUGCCAGAUACCCGGUUUUUCAGUUGUCAGCUCUAUUGAUCAAGUGCAAUGCACUGCGUGCCUUCCGGGAUAUGUGUUAUCGGGAGGAAAGUGUCUAACCAAGUGUCCCGAUGGCCGAUUUAUCGAUCCAAAGGGAGAUGGCUUCACUUGCGUAGCCUGCGAUUCGUCAUGCAGCACAUGUGCUGGUUCCAAGACCUUCUGUCUUUCAUGCUCAAAAUCUUCAUCUUUUGCCCUCAAUGGAACCUGCGUCUCAUCGUGCCCUAGCAACUCCUUCGCGUCGGGAAGUUCUUGCCUUCCCUGUCACCCUGAUUGUGGGACGUGCUCUGGCAGCGGUUUCGACAAGUGUACGUCGUGUUCCUCAACGCGGCCAGUCCUGUCAUCUGGUGGUCGCUGCCUCUUGACGUGCGGAAAGAACGAGUAUUAUGAUUCAUCCAGCGGGGGUUCCGGUGGCUGCAAGUCGUGUGAUAGCUCGUGUUCCACCUGCACGUCAGCCGGGCCUUCCAAUUGUUUGACUUGCCCUUCAGGGAAAAUUCUGCGUCAAGGGCAGUGCGUUGAUGCCCUUUGUACUGGUGGCAAUGCUAUUGGUAUUGUGAAUUCGUUGGGGGGGAUUUGUCUCUCUAGCCUGGUAACCGUGGCUCCCGGGUUACCACUUACUCCUGUUGCCCCAACCACAUCUGUUCCUACGCCUACUAGACUGAGUUCCGCCCCCACCAUAUCCGAUGCGCCAAGAUCCGGUUCGCUCAGAUUCGCUUGGUGGCAAAUCUUACUUGUGUCAUUUGGAACGGUGGCGAUCAUUGCAUUGUGUCUUAUCCUAUGGAGGCAGAGAGCCCGGAAGGCCAGGCAGGACGAGACGAUGGCAUUCAAGCAACAGAAACUCGAUAAUACAUCUGGGUGGCGGGGUUGGUUUGGGUUUGGGUCAUCCUCGAAAAGUCGUGCACUCAAUGUUUCCGAGCGUUUGCGCGAGUCUGAGUCAUGGAGAUAUGAGAUGGAGAGGAUGGAAGGUGGCUACACUGGCCGGCGAGCAAGUGUCAUCAGGAGUCCGAUGAAUCAGCACUUCGGUUCAGAUGUUCGGUCUAGAAGAGCUCCAUCUAUUAUUUCUGCUUUAUCGUCCGUCUCGUCAUUCACCUCCCCUACAUCGCCGAGAGAGAGGAAAAGGCCGUCAUCGAACAUCUGGACCGAGCCUUCGGUCUAUUCACAGCCGACCGAGCGGGGCGGGGGUAAAUAUGCUCAACCCGCCAAGCGAUCGAGCCCGCCGCCUCCCAUACCUGAAUACAACCGUCCGAAUAGUGACUUGUUGCAGAUUCCUCGUCCACGUCAGCCGAUCAAGGACACAUCCACCGCUCGAUACUCAAAUUCCUUUACCGGUAACAAUAUUCUUAUAGAUUUAGAGCCGGAUGUUACUGGAACAACAGAUUCAUCUCAUGGUGUGGCACCCAACGUUCAAUACUACAAUCCUCCCAGCACGCAACCCCUGGUUGACGUUCCUGUGAUGCCAGCCAACACCGCCGGUCAAACAAGCGCUGGUUCGCAAUGGAUCUCCGCGUUGAACGGAAUGCCGUCCUCUUCUGAUCGAAACCCAUUCAGACGACAAUUGUAGGUGUGUAGGAUAUCUUUAAGGAAGACCAUCAGUGAUAGGAGCCCUCAUUUUACAUGGGAACAAAGGACACCCAUUUAUUGAAUAAUAAUUGUAAUUUCCUUUUGUGUCAUAUGAUUUUUCUGGGAGUGCCCACCUGGUCACCUCGCCUUGAGCCGUGUGCGAAAAGUGACGAGUGUCGCAGCGAGUGUCCUCGA